UGGAGGGGUCCUCCGCGCUGCGACUAAGCUCAUAAAAGGGAAAAAGACUGUGUGGGGCUCAUCCUGCCGCGAAUCUCGAACGUAAAGGGCGUUGUCAUCUGCAGACUCUGAACAGCAUUCGAGGGGCCGCGCGCCUGCUCCCGCCGUUGCAGUUUCCAGCGCGAAGUGCUUGUUCCACCCGAGGCUCUGUAGGCGUCCCUGUAUACCAUGGCCCUCGUGUCUGCUGAUUCCCGAAUUGCAGAACUGCUCACAGAGCUCCAUCAGCUGAUCAAGCAAACCCAGGAAGAGCGUUCGAGGAGUGAACACAACUUAGUGAACAUCCAGAAGACCCACGAGCGGAUGCAGACCGAGAACAAGAUCUCUCCCUAUUACCGGACAAAGCUGCGUGGCCUCUAUACAACUGCCAAAGCCGAUGCGGAGGCUGAGUGCAAGCCCAGAAGCAGUGAUCAGACUUUCAAAGUUCCCUUUGGCCUCCUGGAUUUUACUCCUCUGCCUGGUUGCCCUGUGUCCCAGUGCUCACUCACAAGCCCAUGCAUCCUUCGGAAAGCCCUGGAUAAGAUUGCAGAAAUCAAGUCUCUGUUGGAAGAGAGGCGGAUUGCGGCCAAGAUCGCAGGCCUGUACAAUGACUCGGAGCCUCCUCGGAAAACCAUGCGCAGGGGGGUGCUCAUGACCCUGCUGCAGCAGUCAGCCAUGACCCUGCCCCUGUGGAUCGGGAAGCCUGGUGACAAGCCCCCGCCCCUCUGCGGGGCCAUUCCAGCUUCUGGGGACUACGUGGCCAAACCUGGAGACAAGGUGGCUGCCCGGGUGAAGGCCGUGGAUGGGGAUGAGCAGUGGAUCCUGGCCGAGGUGGUCAGUUACAGCCACGCCACCAACAAGUACGAGGUAGACGACAUUGACGAAGAAGGCAAAGAGAGACACACCCUGAGCCGCCGCCGGAUCAUCCCACUACCCCAGUGGAAGGCCAACCCGGAGACGGACCCCGAAGCUUUAUUCCAGAAGGAGCAGCUUGUGCUGGCCCUGUAUCCCCAGACCACCUGCUUCUACCGCGCCCUGAUCCACACGCCCCCACAACGGCCCCAGGAUGACUAUUCCGUCCUGUUUGAAGACACCUCCUAUGCAGACGGUUACUCCCCUCCCCUCAAUGUAGCCCAGCGGUACGUGGUGGCUUGUAAGGAGCCCAAGAAAAAGUGAAGUGGCCUAGUAGACUCGCAAUCAGCUGACACCCUCAAAGGGGGACGCACAAGAUUUUGUGAUCAAAUAAAUAUUCUUCCUCCUUG